GAUCCGGCCCCAAGGACGCGCGCCGCUAGCUCGGGCUCGGGCUCCCCCUGCCCUCUCCGCCCCGCCCCGCAGGACGCCGUGGGGGGGCCCCUGCCGCCCAUCCCCCUCCCGCAGACCCCCGCCGCGGGGGGCGAGGUGCCCCGGGCACGGGGAGGGGGCGUGCGCGCCACCUCCGCGGGGCCCGGGGAGCGCACGCCUCCGCCUCGCCGGCCGGAGCAUGGACAGCAGCCGCAGGCGCGCUGCGCGGAGCCCUGGGGAGCGCAGCGGCCCGGGGCAUCCCCGAGGCUGAGCCCGAAACAAAGGCAGCAUCCAGCGGGGAAGGAGCCGGGAGCGCCGCCCGCACCUGGCUGGCCGUCGGGCUCGCCCCCCCUCUCCGUGCCCUCCGCCGGGCUUUCCGCGCCGAGCCUUGAGAACUUGCCCAGGGGCGCCUAAGAGCUCCCCUGGGAAAAGGGAAGGCGAGGACAGAGGGGUGGUCCCGGCCCCCACGCGUCUGGCUCCAAGUUUCCGACCCUCCAGCGAGGAAGCCUCAAGCCCGUACCCAGCCGGGGAAUCGGAUCUCUCCGACCCCCCUCCGCAGCCCAGCCCAGCUAGCGCCGCCAGCAUGAGCGGCGGCGGGGCCGGGCGGGGCGAGCCACGGAGGCCGGGCUGGGCCGGGACCCUCCUGGGCACCGGGGAGCUGCUGCUGCUGCUGUUCGUGUGGCUGGGCCCCCUGACCUGCAGCGGGGUGGCCGGGGACAGCGAAGUCAACGCCGAGAACUGGCUGCGUUUCUACGGCUACCUCCCCCAACCCAGCCGCCAGAUGUCCACCAUGAGGUCAGCUCAGAUCCUGGCGUCCGCCAUCUCCGAGAUGCAGCGUUUCUAUGGAAUCACCAUCACGGGCGUGCUGGAUGAGGAGACCAAAGCGUGGAUGAAGCGGCCUCGCUGUGGGGUGCCAGACCAGUUUGGGGUACGGGUGAAAGCCAACAUGCGGCGGAAACGUUAUGCUCUCACCGGGAGGAAAUGGAACAGCCAUCACCUGACCUUCAGCAUCCAGAACUACACAGAGAAGCUGGGUUGGUACAACUCCUUGGAGGCAGUACGGCUGGCCUUCCGAGUGUGGGAGCAGGCCACGCCCCUGGUCUUCCAGGAGAUCCCCUACGAGGAUAUCCGGCAGCGGCGGCAGAAGGAGGCAGACAUCAUGGUGCUCUUUGCCUCUGGUUUCCAUGGCGACAGCUCCCCCUUUGAUGGUGUGGGAGGCUUUCUGGCCCAUGCUUACUUCCCUGGUCCAGGCAUGGGCGGAGACACCCAUUUUGAUGCUGAUGAGCCCUGGACCUUCUCCAACACUGACCUACAUGGAAACAACCUCUUCCUGGUGGCUGUGCAUGAGCUGGGCCACGCUCUGGGGCUGGAGCACUCCAACAACCCCAGUGCCAUCAUGGCGCCCUUCUACCAAUGGAUGGACACAGACAAUUUCCAACUGCCUGAAGAUGACCUUCGGGGUAUCCAGCAGCUCUAUGGUACCCCAGAUGGCCAGCCUCAGCCCACCAGGCCCCUUCCCACAGUGCCACCCCGACGACCAGGCCGGCCUGAUCACCGCCCACCCAGACCACCACCACCACCACCUCCAGGAGGGAAGCCAGACCGACCCCCCAAACCAGGGCCUCCUAGCCAGCCACGAGCCACAGAAAGGCCAGACCAAUAUGGCCCCAACAUCUGUGACGGGAACUUUGACACCGUAGCCAUGUUGCGAGGGGAGAUGUUCGUGUUCAAGGGCCGCUGGUUCUGGAGGGUCCGGCACAACCGGGUGUUAGACAACUACCCCAUGCCCAUCGGGCACUUCUGGAGGGGACUACCCAGUGACAUCAGUGCUGCCUAUGAGCGUCAGGAUGGACGUUUUGUCUUCUUCAAAGGCGAUCGGUACUGGCUCUUCCGUGAGGCCAACCUGGAAUCUGGUUACCCCCAGCCUCUAACAAGCUAUGGCCUGGGCAUACCCUAUGACCGCAUUGACACAGCCAUCUGGUGGGAGCCCACAGGGCACACCUUUUUCUUCCAGGAGGACAGGUACUGGCGCUUUAAUGAGGAUACUCAGCGAGGAGACCCUGGCUACCCUAAGCCCAUCAGCAUCUGGAAGGGAGUUCCAUCUUCACCCAAGGGGGCCUUCCUAAGUAACGAUGCAGCCUACACCUACUUCUACAAGGGCACCAAGUACUGGAAAUUCGACAAUGAGCGGCUCCGGAUGGAGCCCGGGUACCCCAAGUCCAUCCUUCGGGACUUCAUGGGCUGCCAAGAGGAGACGGCCGAUCCCGAUGCUGGGCGCCGUUGGCCCGACCUGCACCGGCCGCCCUUCAACCCUAACGGCGGAGACGGGGAGGAGGAGGAGCAGGAGGAGGACGGGGCCCACCGGAGGCCCGGGGAGGAGGAUAAUGAGGUGGUGGAGGAUGAAGAGGGAGACUAUGGGGAUGAUGGCAAGGGCGGCGGCGGCGGCAACCGCGUGGUGGUGCAGAUUGACGAGUACACACGGACCAUGAACGUGGUCAUGGUGCUGGUGCCGCUGGUGCUGCUGCUCUGCAUUCUGGGCCUCAUCUACGUCAUCAUCCAGAUGCAGCGGAAAGGUGCCCCGAGGAUGCUGCUGUACUGCAAACGCUCCUUGCAGGAGUGGGUCUGACCGCCGAGGCCCCACUGACCCCCGCCCCUGCCCCCACUCCAUUCCUCCCACACGGUGCUAACCCAUAGACAUGUAUGUAUAUACUGUGUUUGUUGAUGACUUCCCAGACCUGACGUUGAUUUCUUCAGUCCAUGGAUGUGGGUGUGGGCACCCUGCCCAUCACCAGGAAUUCUGAGCAUCCUUAAAAUGAAUGUUCCCUCUGCCAGCCCAAGAGGCUGGUAGCGGCCUGGAGACCCCCUCCCCUAUUCCCCUCGUCUAUUUAUACUAAGAUGUUUUUCAUUUCUUUCUUCCUUUCCUCCUUCCUUCCUCCUUCCCCACCCAUUUCUCUUUCUUUCCCCCUCUCUCCCCGCUCCACCCCACCCACCGCAGUGGGUGGAGGUGGGAAUGGGCCCAGCCCACCUCAGUUCCCCACUUUCCUUAGGGUAGACAUUCACCCUCUGGACCCAGCUCAGCUCUUAAAUGUGUGGUCCUAUCAUAGGGUUCAGAGCACGAAGGGACCAUGGUGAACAUCUAAUCUACAACCUUCCAUUACAGAUGAGGACAUCAAGGGGAGUGAGGGGCAGGCCCUGAUCUGAAUUCAGGUGUUCUGACUUGAAAUCCUGCGCUCCCUCUAUUCUGCCUGUGUGAGAAUUAGGGUCCUGUCCAACUCCUCCUUCCUCCUUUCCCAUCCCGGGCUGAAGCAGGAGCUGAGAGGCCUUCCCUGGUCUGCUACUGCCAUGGGUUGCUGCAGAGGAACUCCUUCCUUUGCUCAUUCUGGGCUGAUAUGCAAGGAACCGAGAGGCCACUACAGGUGUCCGUGUUUGCUUUGGAGACCAGCUGCUUAGCUAGGCAGGGAGCCCAAGGGAGUCUGCCAGAGGAAAAAGCCUUGGUUUGAGUAGUUCCCCCAGGGCUGGGAAAUCACCCAGCCCUGGAUUUAUCCCACUUUGGUGGCUGAGGGCAUGACUGUGUUUUCCCGGUGGCUCCUGCUAGCUCAGUAGAAACAAAAAGAUGGAUGGAGUUAUGGAUUUGUAUUUCUCCAGCCACCUCUGAGCUAUGGAGGCUUAAUCCAUAGCAUCAGAGAUGUAAGGAGGACGAGGCCUGGUGAAAGCUUUGUCCAAAAUGUCACCAGAUUUACAAGGAUCUCCCCUAAAACUAAUCCCUGCCCUUCCUCCCCAUCUCCUGGUAGGCACCAAGAUGUCACCGCCUACCUGGGUCAGGAUCUCACCCACAAUCACCAAAAGAACAGGGAGAGAUGUUUGUCCAGGGGUCAUGGUAGUGAUAGAGGGGAGAGAUGCACAAGGGAAGAAGGGUGACAUCCCCCCUUCUAGGCUGCUGUCCGAGGACCCUGACACUGCCUCUGCAUAGCAUCAUUAGCACCUACCUUAGCAAAAAUGAUUAAGAGAGGAAGCUACCUAGUCUUCCUGAGUGAGCUCACCUCUCAUGUGGGGCACAGGCAGAGGGAUUCUUAACCUUUUGGGUGUCAUGGACCCCUCUGGUGGUCUGGUGAAACCUCCGGGCCCUUUCUCGGAAUCAUCGUUCUGAAUUCAUAAAAUAGUUGCGUAUGGGAUUACAAAGGAAACCAACUCUGUUGAAUAGUUAUCAGAAUACAUAGCUUACAAAGUUUAUAGUCCCCAGGCUAAGGACCACCCUCUCUCUACUACCACCCAUGCCCAUCUAGGGGAUCACUGUCUUUUCCCUCCAUCCAUCCCUGUCAUUGAGGGUGCCUUCUCCGCCUCUGGAGGGAAUUCCUCUUUUGUAAGAAUUCCAGAUCUGUAUAGAAUUUAGUUCUAGAAGGGACCCUGCAAACAAUCUACUCCAAUACCUUUACCUUACCACAGGGGUGGGGGGAAGGGUGAUGUACAGUUACAGAGCUAGAAAGCAAGAGAGGAUUCGAACCCAGGCCCUCUGGCUCCAAGAUCACUCUGCUGCCAGAGGUUCUCCACCCAGGGUCUGUGGGGGUCCAUGGAUAGAUUUCAGGGAGUCUCCGAACUCCAAUGGGGAAAAAAUUACUAACUUGUCUUUUUCUUUGUAAUAUUCACUAGUUUUAUGCCUUUCAAAACAUGAUUCUGAGAAAGGGGUCUGUCUGAAGACUUCACCAGGCUGCCACUUAAGGGGUCCAGGGCACAAAAGAAGGUUCUGGAGCUCUGCUCUACCACAGAGGUUUACAGUUAGAGCCUUCAGAGUGACAAGUCCUAGGGAUAUAUCAUGCCUUGGACUGGUCUCCCUUUCCGUGAGGACAGUGACAACAGCUUCAUCGGCCCAGCUCCGGCCAUGAGAGGAGAGUGUGUGCUCAAACCCUCCAUUUCCAUGUUAUUUGGAAGAAAUGGUGCUCCAGAACCCUGGCUAAAGCAGAAAUUUAAGGGAGGAGCUGGAAUCUGGCCUACACGGCUCAUCCACCCUUCUGGCCUGUUGGAAUGGCUUAGCUCUCAACCGUAGUGGGAGCAUAUUGAGGGAAGGGGGUUGGGUGACACAGUCCAGUCCUUUCAUGCACACACCCCUUUCUUGCAGACAGAUGGCUGCUUUGGGCACUGAGUCUUGGAGUAAAGGCUUUGGUUACCUGCCCUGCCGGUGUUUUCCUUCACCUGGUCUCUCUCCCAGCACUAGAGGAAGCAGUAGGGCAGAGUGAUCAGGGAUGGAGGAGAGGUGUUUGAUUUGGGUUCAUAGGUCAGUCUGAGUAGGUACUGCCACAAGAACAGCAGGGGUUUGAUGGAGUUAUUGAAGAUGACACUCCAAGCUGUAGCAGCUAGAAGGAAGCUGUCUGGGGACCUAGAGACCCAAUGCCAUCUUCAGGCCCAUGGGAAUCAGAGGGGUGGUUGUUGGGGUCUGCAGGAAAGGUAUAGAGGUGAUAACAUUGGGAUGCUUCUGCUUCUGGGUGUGCAUCUGGGAAAUGGGUCACUGGGGAAAGAAGGGGAAGGGAACACAAGCAGUCUUGAGAAAUAGCUCUUCCUCCAGCUGAUCAGGGAUGGAAGAGCCAAAUGGAAACCCCAAAGUGCUGUCUCUGCCUCCUCCCUCCCAGAGCUCUGCCUGGUGGCUCCCACCCGCCUGCAGCCAGGGCCAUACUGGGGAGGGACAGCAGUAAUUGGGGCCAAGUCCCAGGGGGGGUCCUCCCCUCCUGCCUUGACCUGCUUUGCAUCUGCUCUCUUCCCCCUCCCUACAUCCCCAUUCCAAAAUAAACAAGAGUCUCCAGCCACUGUGGGAAACGGUACUGGGAAGCUGGGCUCUCUGAUCUCUUCCUUGGCCCUCUUCUCUCCGAGCUGCCCCCUCCCCAUCUUCUCUCCUUUGUAGGCCUUGGCAGAAGCUGGACUGUAUCCUCCUAAUUCCUGGGGCCAUUAAGUGAAUAGGGGACAGCUCAGAGAUUUUAGAUUUGGAACAAAUCCUUUCCGGGCAACCUCAACCACCCCCACUUCCUUGUCUUUCUCCCCUUUUAUUUUGGCCGCUUUUUAACCCUAGGCAGAGGCAAAGCUUGUAAAGCCCCAUCUCUCCCCACCCACCCAAGGAUUUUCUUCUGGAGGACACUGACCAUAUCUCUGACCCUUGCCCCAGCAGACAGUGAGAUCCCAUGGCAAGGGUUAGAUGACCCCAUGUACAUUUUUGUAAAUAAUAUGCAGCUUAUUAAAUUGUACAUAUAGCUUCUGACAGGUGUGGCUUGCUUUGUGAUGGGGGAAGCAUCGCAUUGUAUCCUAAUUGGAAGGGCCUACCUUAGAGAUCAAGUUGCUACAGCAGAACACAGGCCCCUUUCUCUUCCCACCCCUUUACUACCCAUUCCAAGUGGGGUGGGCUUCAAGGAAAAAAUAGCUUGAAUUGUUCUAGCACUUUGCUUUAAAGUUUACAAAGUGUUUUCCUCAUGACAACCCUGUGGUAUAGAUACGUGUGAGUAUUGUUAUCGCCCAUUUUACAGAUGGGGAAAAACUUGAGACUCAGAAUGAAGUUAUUUGCCAGUGACGCAGGUGUCAGAGCAGGGUUUGAACCCAGGAUUUCUGACUCCAAAGCCAAUAGUUUUCCCCCUGCUUUCGCACCUCCUAGGUUUAUUUGUUUUUGGCUUUUUUCCUGGCUCCCGCCUAUGGGGGUUCAUUUCUAUUAGAAGGGAAGCCUCAGGCCUGAAGGUUGAAUUUGGCCAGGAGGGUUAUGCCUGAUGCAGAAAGGGCCCAGAUAUGCAAGGGCCAGGUUGGACUUGAGGCCUGGCCAGAGAGCCAGGGGCCAGUGAGAGCUCCGAGCCCCUGACUGCUCUUUGACCCUGGGGUGAGGAGGAGGAGGGGGAAGGAAUGUGUGAUUCUCAGUUAUUUUCACCUUCCCCAUGGGAAAGGACAGCUUCUGGCUCCAUUCCCCAUCCCAGUCUAGGAGUGGGAGGGAGCCUCGCUGUGGAAACAAGGCUAGAGCUGUCCCUGAUCCCCUCCUCACUUCAUCCCGUCACUCUAGGCCCAGCUUAGCGCCUUCCCCAGUCAGUCUGAGAACCCAGCCUGGGUGGAAGCCAAGGAUGGGGAGGAGAUAGAGUCAGGACAGACGGAAAAACUGUUCUGCUUGGAAUCCUGCAGGUGCAGGCCUGUGGUGGGAGAAACUAGGGCUGGCAGGGAGCCCAGGCCCUCCUCUCUCCACCCCAACCCUUUAAUUGGCUUUCCCAGAAGGAACUUUACUCUCUCUCUCCUUCCCCCACCCCAUCUCUGUCUGCCUUCCUUUGGAUAUAUGUCUCUUUUACUGUGAAACCAGAGUGAUGAAAUUUGAUUGGAAAAGUCCUCAUCUUUUUUUUUUCUCUCACCCUCCCCCCUUUUUAGCUCCUACCUCCAUUUUUCUCUGUUGCUACCCCUUCUCUGCUGUGGGUAAAGGGCUCACUUAGGGAGGGAAAACACAAUGAAAAAAAAUUGCAUUUAUCUGGUCCUUGAGGCUCCAGAGAUGUGUGUUCAUUUUUCCUGGUCUUCCUUCUCUCCCAGCUUCAUCCCUGCCUAGAUUGGGCAUCCAUUCCUUGAGCAAUUUCUCAUGUGUAUGUUGGUUGUGUUUUCUACAAUCCAUGCUGGUCAUGAUUCAAGGCUCCGUAAUAAACCUAUGAACAGCUGUG